AUUUUUGUUUAUAAGCAUUUAAAGUUCAAAUAUGUUAAGAAAUAUAUCAAAAUCCCAAAAAUUUACAAAGAAUUUUGAAGUUGAAAAUUUUUAAAAUUUUUGAGAUUUCUACCUAAGGUUAAAAAACCCAAUACAAGGUUAUCCAUAAGUUUUCCUUCAAGUAACUGUUAUAAAAAAAUUCCUGCGUCAAUAUAGAAAAGCUUUAAUACGUUUAUAAAUUUAUUGAUUGUAUUGUACAUAGUACAUUGUUUAAUAUUUUAACUUUUAAUUUUUUGUUUGAAGGGGAUUUUUCCAUAUAGUGUGAGGGGAAUGCACGGGGAAGGUUCUAAACUUCUAAAUUCUUCUUUUCUUUUUAUUAUCAUUCUUCUUAUUAUUAUUAUUAUUGUAAAUACUACUAUUUUUAUUAUUAUUUUAAUUAUCUUAUUCCCAAUUUUAUUGCCUAUUAUUAUUUAUAUAGCUAUUAUACUAUUUUUAUUAUUAUUAUAAUAACUUUUAUUUAAAUUGUGCGAUUAUCGGCUAUUGCACUAUUGGGGUUUCGACGGUUUCUCGUUAUCUUUUACAAAACACAAGACCGGUCCUGUGUUAUCGCUUAUCGCUAAUGAACCGGGUAUAAAAGGCCCUGCGAAAAGACUAGCAUUCACAUUCACUGUCUUUCCUCCGUCGUAGCAAGACCCACCCCGGGCAGACUUGCGCGACUAGGAAAGGCAUCUGGAGUCUUUAUUUUUUGCCAAAUAUUUUUUGACUUUUAGCCUGCACAUUAUACUGCCUUUACUCGUAUUAUUAAACAGUGAUUAUAUUCAUAUCUAUUAUUCGCAGCUCUAACAUUUCCUAAGCUCAAUUCUGAUAUGCACAAACAGGAUUCGACCUCGGCCUUGUUCCGCGGCCUAUAUGUAAGUCUGACACCUUUCGAGCAGUGUUUGGCGUAUUGCGUUAGUUAUCUGGCAUGGCCAUAUCUAAUGGCUGCAAAAAAUAAAUUGUUUUCCGAUCGCAAGAUGAAAGAACCAGAAAGAAAAGAUAAUGAAAAAAUAUCUGCCAACAACAGCAACAUAGUGGACAAGCGCUCAACGGCCAUCAACUCCCUACAACAAGCCGCGGAACUGCUGGAUCGCUGUCAGAAGUUACUACAGGCCGCGAACGCGGAGGCAGCCUCUCACGCGACUACGGAGGCAGACGCUCGUGCGACUACGGAGGCAGCCGCUCGUGCGACUACGGAGGCAGCCGCUCGUGCGACUACGGAGGCAGCCGCUCGUGCGACUACGGAGGCAGCCGCUCGUGCGACUACGGAGGCAGCCGCUCGUGCGACUACGGAGGCAGCCGCUCGUGCGACUACGGAGACAGCCGCUCGUGCGACUACGGAGGCAGCCUCUCACGCGACUACGGAGGCAGCCGCUCACGCGACUACGGAGGCAGCCGCUCACGCGACUACGGCGGCACGGGUGCGACGGAUGCCCACGGCAGAGCUACGCCGGGACCCGGUACUGUGGGUAGCCUACACCCGCGGGUGGGACGACCGCGCGUUGGUCUUCAGCAAGUCGACCAACGUGGGUCCGAAAACCGCGGUAACCGACAGGUCCCAGAGCCCAAGACGGCCCGUACAGCCAACUCGCACACCGCGACCGCCCCCGAUGCCGCAGUCCACACCGUUGCUCCGACCAACCCCCCAACCACUCAUGGCAGUACUGGUCCCACGACCAAAAUCGUUCAAACCGCCAGCACCGACCGCAACGAGGAAAGUGGACCAGAAAAGUGCCCAAAGAACACCGGCAGAACAGGUGACAACAGCGCCACCACAAAAUUCGAGGCAACGCUGGAACCAGUCUCGGAUGCGGGAAUACCGGGGACAGAAAAUGGCCGCCAAUCCCACCACCUCCCAACAGUACCACCUGGAAAAACCGGCACCAUGCCCAAUGUCGCUGGAGGCAACCAACACGCCUGUCCCCGAGGCCAAGACACCGGAGGUAGCAAUGCCUACUGGACAAACCGAGGCCACGGAACAACCGGCCACCGCCACUUCAAUACCGGUCGAUAUGAAGACAUCACCGGAUGAGGAGAAGGAGCUGCUGUGUGACAUGAUGGAUGUUGGUCCCCCAGACGACGUGGACACGGUGUUCCAAAUCACCAGUCCCGACCUCACGACGCCACCCCGACAUGGGUAGACAGUCCGGAGCGCGACAGCUACACCCAGCCGGAAUACCCCCCUCCGGAAACUGUCUACGACAGCCACUGAUCCGCCCACACACCCACCGGAAGCGGCCGGACCACCACCGUCACUAUUCUGUGAUUGAUACGAUGAUAGCAUACAACACGUGUGUCAGCUCGAUUAUAUUAUUGUCUAGCCGUUGUACCACAUAAUAACAAAAUUGUUGCACCUAGUUUUGUUUAACCUGUUAUAUUGUAAAAUACACUGUUUCAUACUU